AUGGCAGCAUCAUGUUUGAUUGAUGAAACCUCCAGUCAGCCAACUAUAUCCGAUGACGAUCUUAUUAAAUUGGCCAAAGAAGAAUUAAAUGAAAUACCUGAAAAAAGAGCUGAAGAUGUAAACACACUAAGAAAGAGAAUUCAGAAACAUCCCGGCCUAAAUAUUCGUACUGACGAUGCAUACUUAUUGAAAUUUCUACGAGCCUCAGCAUUCGACCAAGAUGCCGCCUACACACUUUUACUGAAAUAUUUCGAAUUGAAAGCAGAUGAGAAAAAUAAACAGCUAUUCACAGACUUGCGAUCUGCAGCAGUGAAGCACGUGGUUGAGUCAGGUGUAGUAGGUUUACUUCCACACCGUGACAAACAAGGAAGAAGAGUUUUGGUUUUAAGACCAGGUAAAUUGGACCCAAGUCAGUUCGGACCACCCGACAUCUUCAAAGCAUCAUUCAUGCUUAUCAUCAAACUCGCUGAGGACGAAGAGACACAGAUCAGAGGUUGUGUUGUUCUGUAUGACAUGAAGGAUAUGGGGUUUGGUCAGAUGACGCAUAUAUCACCAUUCUAUGCUAAACGAAGUGUGAUGCUUUUCCAGGACAGUGUCCCAGUAAGGUUUAAAUACAUCCAUGUGGUGAAUGAACCCGCUGUGUUCGACUACUUGCUCGCACUGGCAAAGCCAUUCAUGAGUCAACAAACCGUGGACAAAAUGUUGGUACAUGGCCAUAGACUAGAGGAAUAGGCAGAGUAUUUUGAUUUGGAGUACAUUCCAGAAGAAUAUGGGGGAAAGGCUCCCCCAUUCUCAAGCCAGGAAAUGAAGAAGACAAUAUUAGAUUGCGAUAAAGAAUUUGACGCCGAAUCUAAGAAUAACCUCGUAAAUGCGAAAAGUGACAGGUAUACGGACGGAAUAGCAGGAACAUACAGGAAACUUGAAAUUUAAACUUAAAGAUUAAUUAGCUUGAACUUCAGCAGUUCUGUUUUAUUUCUCCAAGAUGUUCAAUUGCAGUUAACAUUAGACAGAACUUACGGGAAGUUCAAGGUGCAGAUCAAGAUGUUGUUAACAUCAUUGGAUCAUUACUGUACAAUAUCUAAAACAUACUGUCACUGUAUUAUAUCAUUGGAAGUAUGAACUAUAACAUUUCAAUCGACUACGUGAAACAUUUCCAUUGUUUUUAAGAAAAUAAACAGUUUCCAAAGGAUUAAAAAUGACAGCAGUUUGAAAUGCACAUUUCUCUUAUACUGCAAAAACUGAUAUAAAAACAUGAACGUGAAAUGUUUAUCAUAUCAUUUUGACUUUUCCGAUCAUAUAUUUUUAAUUAAAAACGAAAAGGAGUAAAAUCUAGGUAUGUAAUGAUUUUUCAUUAAACAGUGCUUUCUAUUAGACAAAUGCCAAUAAUAUGACUAUAUGUGGACUUUGCUUAUCAGUUGUACUCUCUCGAAGUAGUAAAAUUUCGUAAAUAUGCAAAAUGACUUCCAGAAAUAGGCUGGUUUACAGUAGUAGACAAGCGUUUGGUUCCAUUCCAUCAGUUUAGAAUCAGUGACAAGAGCUUUUCUAGAGGGGGUGAAGUGUUUGUAAGUGAAAUAUAGAGUAUGCCUUAGUAAACCUACUAAAGCAGAGAACACGAAACUCCUUUUUUAAAAACUAUGUUAUUUCACCAAGUUGUUUAUCUUACAAGUUUAACUAUUAAAUAGUGUUCAAGAAUAGUGUUAAUUCCAGGGUUAAAGAACUUUGUUCAAAGAUGGAGAAGUGAAGUUAAUAACUCCAGUAAAUGUUUCAGUUAUCGUAUUUAUAAAGAAGACUUUAUAAAAAAAAUCAACAUUUUGUCAUUGGAUCUGGCAAUUUAGAUACAUGAAUCACAAAUUACUUAUGAAAAAUUGAAGUUUUCACAAGAUAGACAGAAAUCUUAGAACUUGUCACCUUUGCAGUAAACGAGUUUCUUCAUCUUUUUAAUCACUCUAUAGCUGCAAGAAGGAAAUAUUUAAACGAGUACCAUUACAAAAAUCUAAAUACUCGCAAAUUUUCAUAACUGGUGAAUAGUGGUGACAAAGCAACAUUGAUAAAAUUACCGAUUUUCUGUAAACGCUCUUUAACGGUAGAAAAUUUUGACAUGUAUAUUCGUAAUCGCCGUUUAUAUAAUAUAGUCAUGUUUUGUACUAUCACA